CCUCAAUCCUCAGUCUUCUUCACUCUGCCAUCGCGACAUCCCACUACUCUCACUACUCUCACUACACUCAACAUCCACUCCCCGGACAACAUGAAUCCCCUUGGUUGUCAAUGAAGAACUCCUGGUUCAAAACUGUCAACGACCAUUACCAGAACGCCAUCUCCAUCCUCACUGGUAAACCCACAUCUUCACAACCCGCCUCUCCAGACGACGACAACGCCCACCGCCGCCGCCGCCACCAACACCACCACUCUCCACCUCACUCCCACCUCAAUGCCUCUAGAUCUGCGCUCCUCUGGGCUGCCAUGCCCUCCUCUACCCUGCCUACCAGCCGGUACCUGACCAGACGUGUGACCAGUUUCAUCGACAAUCAUGACAGUUCAGAGCGUGACCCUAUCGCGCUGGACAGCGAUGAAGACCCAAGUCAGUCUCCUCCACGGUCCCGCCCAACUGGACUCUCCACAGACAAGAUAUCACGACCUCCCCCGUCCAAACGACCAGAGAGGUCAUUGAGGCGUAGCAGCGAAACCCGAGGAGAAUCUAGGCUGUUAGGUGGCUACAGGUACCUUCCACUGCUGUCGAAGACAAAGCUUCUUUGGCGAACGACUGCUAACAUUCAUCUUAGUCGUCGCGGGCCUGACCCCAACGCCUUUGUGAUUGCAGAUCCCAUGAAGAAACAAUCCUUCACAUCCCAUUGGGGCAUCCGUCCUUUUAACAACUUGGAUGCCCCGCGAAAUGCUCCUCGGUCCGCCCGAAUAUUUGAAAGAACACUAGGGCAACGAGAAGGUCAAAAAUCUCCUGGCAGCAGUACGAAUGUGGGCCAACCAACAUUUCCAAUCUUGCACAGGUCAGCUCCUCAAGCGCAUCCUCAAGCUCACCAUCCAUACUUGGACCUUCCUUCGCAACAAGAAAAACACGAUCUUCCAAAUAAGCGACGAAAAUUAGAUCACCCUAACGAAAAAGGCUCCACCUCUGCAUCCCCAAUCGCUUUGGACGAGGCCAACUUGGAAGAUUCUUCAGAUGAGCUCCACGUCUCACCUAUCCAACCCAAGUCUAACACUCAUGCACCGCCAGAAUCCACAAGUCGAGAGGUAACGACGAAUUCUCACAAUGCUUCCAGACCUCUCGAAUUACCCUCUCCAGUGACAGAACGCGAAGGCGACUUCACCAAAGGAGCCGCGAAACGACGCAAGGCUACUGGUGAUGCUAUUCUGGAAACUUCCUCACCUGACUCAACAUCAGUCCUGUCUGCGAAACCACCACCGAUCUCAAAUCAGCAUUUUCUCAAACAUCCCCUCUUUUCACAGACAACCCUAGCUACACCAGAACCAACAACUCAGAACAAUAGAAGCAAUCGACAUAAUUCUGCAUCUGAUCGGCCUAUCCACUCAUUGGGGAACCGAGAUUUGACUUCCCUUAUCGUUGAAGUUCCAACAAACAGAAGAUCAUCCAAAUUCAGCGACGGCUUCAUGGGAACGCGACGUAAUCUGUCAGCACAGUCGCUUCAAUUCGAACUCGAAGAGACUGUUUAUCCAGGCUUACCUUCUUCCGACAUUUUUACUGUUGAAAUUGAGCCCGACGAAAGGCAGUUUUUUCUCAACACCCAAGACCCUCGGCUUGGCGAUGAUCCUGUCGCUGGACCAUUCUACUUCCGCAAGCUCGCACAAAUCCGCAGAGGGCCUUGCCCUAUCGUGUCGUUUAUCUUUUCACGCACCCAAAAACAUAGGGGCUCCGCUCACGAAUUGCACUUGAGAUUUCUCUCCGAAAAAUCUGCUCGCGACUUCCUCACUACGCUGCUCGAGUUGGAGGUGCGCGCCAGUGUAAUUGACAAAGAAACUGAGUGGUUAGAAAACUCGUUUCAGAGGGCCAAAUCUGCUGUCAUGGAGAUCAAUGGGCGACCACUUAAUCCUGAUGAGCUCGAGGCUGAAGAUCGCGCUGCGCAGACGGAAACCCCUCAAGCUACUAGGAUCAUUGCGCGUGAGAAGCGACCACGGAUCGUCGACAGACUUGAUGCGCCCGCACCGCAGCCGAAACGUCUCAAGACUACCCCACCAAAAGACAAUAUCGAAGUGAGCACUUCCAAAUCCCAAAACAUUAGCGAAGUUGAUCCGCGAGACAAGAUCACUCAAGAUGCCCGAGUCGAAAGAGUGCAGCGAAGGACGACUCGAGCUCAAGAUCUAAGAGAAGGCUCCUCUCGCGCAAGCCCCACUCCCAGCAAUGGAACCCUCCUCCCAUAUUCGAAAACGGGCAAGCUGGGUAAGCCUUGGGCCAGGGACCUUGUCUAUCCCAAACCAGGAAAACGUUCAGCUACUGUCCCCUUUGAAGAUCUCAGUCGGCUGAACGAUGACGAAUUCCUCAACGACAAUCUGAUCAUGUUCUUUCUCCAAUACCUUGAGACCCAUAUGGAGCGGCAUAACUCGGAACUUCACAAGCGGACCUACUUUUUCAACACGUAUUUUUUUGAGAGACUUACCAAAGGCACUAGUCAUCGUCAAGUCAACUACGAGUCAGUCAGCCGUUGGACCAAGGCUAUCGACCUGUUCAACCGUGACUUCGUUGUGGUCCCCGUCAACGAGAAUCUACACUGGUAUCUGGCUAUCAUCUGUAAUCUGCCACAGCUUCGCAGCCCGCAGCCAGAGGUCGAAUCUGAAGAGUCGCCCGUUAUCCUCAUUGAAGAUGCAGCAGCGGAUCAACCAGAAUCGACCGAGACCGAGACUGGUCGGCCUCCUGAGGUGAAGUCUGACCUGAGCCCUGAGAUUCAAGAACAGCUUGCACACCGCGAGAGCGAAGCACGACAAUCUUUGGCAGAGCUAACGAUCCGCGAUCAGACGCCCGCCACGACUGAAGUUCCGGAGCCUGCAAUCAAGGCGGGGACCGGACGGAAAGCCAAACAACAAACACGACGCUCUCUUCCCAAGUACGACGCCGAUCAGCCCAUCAUUAUCACCCUCGACUCCCUUGGUCAGGGCCGAUAUACCACAUGUCAUGCACUGAAGCAGUACAUUGUGGCUGAAGGCAAGAAUAAACGUAAUCUCGAGAUCGAUAGUACCGCCAUCCGAGGAAUGACGGCAAAGGAGAUUCCAACACAGAACAACUUUAGUGAUUGCGGCCUGUAUCUAUGCAUGUACCUGGAGCAAUUUGUUGCCGAUCCACACAACUUUAUUUCCCGGAUCUUGCAGCGAAAUGAAGAUGCUCAACAAUGGCCCAAGCAAAUCCGUAGUGGAUCGCUGAGAUCCCGGCUACGAGAGCUGAUUUUGGAGGUGCAUCGACAACAGGAAAACGAGGAGUCAGAGUAUGAAAUUCCAAAGGUCGGCGACAUCAUGAUUGAGCGGCAGGCGGCCUCGGAUCCGACUGCAAAGCCAUAUUCCAAGAGUGAGGUUCAGAUCGCAAAGGAAAGAUUUGAUCGCAUCGUAGAUGAUCUCGAUGAAGAAGGUAGUGUUCCUGCCGUCCAAGCACGCGGUGUCUUGGGGAAGCAAGUGAAUCCCUCAUCCCCUAAAGAAAUCAUAUUCGAUCCGCAAGACACGGAGAGACAUGGGCUCAGUGACACCAAGUCACCGCAGCCAUCACAACAUGCGGCAAUUAUGGAGCAUUCAGACCCAGACAAGUCGGCAGCUAGACGCAACCCCUUCAAAGUGGAAGACGCUAUGACAGGGAACAAGGCAGCAAUCCUCCAUUCCCACCGACAGCAGCCUAAACGACGGCCGGUCCAUGAAAUUGACCCAUCGGCUCGAGAGAUUCACACGAUAGGAACACGGUCAGGAAAAUUGACUCAUGAUUCCCCGUCCGAAUUGGUGGCUCACCUUCGAAGCAGCAAUCGACAUGAAAACCGCACACGCAAGCGAAAUCCAUUAGAAGAAGAAGAAGCGACCAAGUCUGCAGGGCGAUCAGCCGGGCUUUUGGUUGGCAUUGAAAGCUAUGCGGAGGAAAGGGGACUACUGGACUCAGAGGUCAUAAAUCAGAGCCCUGAAGACACAGCCCAUGUACCUAUUCGGAGAUGCAGGAAGAAGACACCAAUUUGGGACGACGAACCACGAAGCUUUGAGCAGGAAGUUGGCGACAGUCAAGAAGAAGCCGGCGGUCCAACUGAAUCGGUACGUGAUUCGGGCCGACGGACUUUGCACUUUACACGGAAAAAGGCCCCAGUGGAUCACCCUUUUGGAAGUCAACGCCGUGCACCAAGACAGAUUGAGGUCAUUGUAGACUCGCAGGAGACAAGUUCCGACAACGAGGACAACGAGAUGCUAUUGAAAUGAGCGGGCUGGAGUGUAACAGGACAAAGACAUCAAGAGCGGAGUUUUGGUUGAAACAUUACGAGGGCUGUUUCUCUGUACGCGCGUCAGUCGCAGUUGAUUGCUGGACGGGCCUUGAGCGUAGAUGAAUUCAAGACGACAUCAGAUCCUUUUGGACUCUUUCAUGAGGUAUGAAAGGCAAGCAAAAGGUGACUCUCAUGGAGGGUGCUUGGUCGUUGAGAUGUAGAACUAUAGAACUUGAAAAGACAAAUGCAUCAUGAUAUCCAUGUAAA